AAUUGGGAAAUGAGUGACUAAUUCACCCAAAAAUCUUAUGGUUUUUUUUUUCUUUUAUAUAUUUAAAAUUAAAAUUCAUUGGCUUGAGAAAAAUUACCACACUUGUCUUGUGUGUUCCUUUGUUUCCAAAAUCAAAGCCAUAUAUAAACUCGGACUUCGGCUUCUGCCUGUUGAGUUUCCCCUCGCUCUCGCUAUCUCCUCUGCAUCCAAAAUCGAAACCCUAAAAUCGGAAGAUAAAAUAAAGAUGAGCGGAGGGGGAGAGAAGGGGUCGACAACCACAAAAACCCCUGCAGACUUCUUGAAAUCAAUUCGUGGGCGACCAGUUGUUGUCAAACUGAAUUCUGGUGUUGAUUAUCGAGGUAUUUUAGCAUGUUUAGAUGGAUAUAUGAACAUAGCAAUGGAACAAACUGAAGAAUAUGUUAAUGGGCAAUUGAAGAACAAGUAUGGCGAUGCUUUUAUUCGUGGAAACAAUGUUCUGUACAUUAGUACAUCAAAGAGGACAUUAGCAGAUGGGGCUUAGUAUUGCAGUGCCAUAAAAGAAUGGAGAAGAUUUGGAGUUUGGACUUUUCUUUUCUUUUUUUUUUUUGUUUUGAAUGAUUAUAUCAUGCCAAUCUUGGAUUUGAGAAUCAAGUAACAUUCAAUUUGAACAAAAUGGCGAUACUUCUGUUGUCAGUUUAGUGUAUCUUCUGGAAUGAACUCUGUUGCAGGCUUUUAUAAGCAAUGCCCAUGUCUUCUCAUUUUAAGGGAUCA